UCAGAAUCUCCCUCUCCCGCCUCACGGUUACCCUGGUAACAGCUCCCUCCCUCUCACUUCCCUGCACCAAGAUGGCAGCAGGGGCGGCCUCAGGAGAGGCCGUGCGCAUGCGCUGGCCCCGCCCGGCGGACUGGACGUGACCCCUGUGUCAAGCGCUUCCGGUUCCGGGGUAGCGGCGGCGGCCGAGAGGGUUCGGGCCGCUGUUUGUAAACUUGUCUCCCGGGGGAGGGCACGGAGGCAACGGCGGAGCCCGGAGCCCGCAGCGGCCGAGCCAGGCUCAGACUAAACCAGAGAAGUGUCUGCAGCGAUAUCGAGGCACGGCGAUCAAACCCCUUUAUCCAGAAUCCAUCCAGAAGCAGGACUAGAGUUGGGAUGACUCAUCUGUAAAAGCGGUGCAGUCAAUUACCUUCCCGUCUAGCUUCUCCAGCUCCCGGCAGUGCUGGGGGAAGACUCCCUUAGAACGCCACACACGAUUCCAGGCUCUCAGAAUCCAGAAAGAUGUCGGCAAAGUGGAGGGUACUGGACAAGACCAGCAAAAAAUGAUUAACUGAAAAAAAAAAAAAAAAUCUUUCUAAUCGUAAAAUUCUUUCCUGGGAGAGAAUUAAGGCUAAAGAAUUGUUACAAUCCGUUUGUUGAGGACAGACAAGAUGGCUCAGGCAAGUCUCCUGGCCUGUGAGGGCCUCUCUGGGGUGUGCCUCGUGCCAACUGUUGCCAGCAAGAAGAUGAUGCCAAAACAGAGCUCCAAGCAGACAGAGAAUGGAGAGAGAGGGAACAGCCCGAACAUGCUGGGUCUCCGCCAGGAAAGCGAGAAAUCUCGCAGCCGUAAAGAGGCAGAGCCAGCAGAAGCAUCGCAGCCAAAAAAGACCAUUAAAAAGGCAGGUGAUGGUGAUUGAGCAGAACGGCUCCUUCCAGCUGAGAAUCCCCAAGAAUUUUAUUUGUGAGCACUGCUACGGAGCCUUUCGGAGCAGCUACCAUCUCAAGAGACACAUCCUCAUCCAUACUGGGGAGAAGCCGUUCGAGUGCGAUCUGUGUGACAUGCGCUUCAUCCAGAAGUACCACCUAGAGCGCCACAAGCGUGUACACAGUGGUGAAAAACCCUACCAGUGCGAGCGCUGCAUGCAGAGCUUCUCCAGGACAGAUCGGCUGCUUAGACACAAACGAAUGUGCCAGGGCUGCCAGACCAAAACCCCUGACUCGCAGCUGCUGCUUUAGGAGCCAGGGCGAUGUGUCGGAGAAGCUAGGAAGUGAACAGGAUUUUCAGUUUUCUGUGUCUGGUUUUGCCUGCUCCUGCUCUCCCGGCCAAGGUGGGGCAGAGCUGAGGACUCUCCUAGACUCUCAGAUGGGGUCCUGACACUGUAAAUAAGAUGAGGAUGAUCUGGAAUCUCUACCCAACCAGCAGAAGCCACAGGCAGCUGUGUAUAAACCUUCUUUUCCAUUGGUUUGUUUUUGAAGUAUCACCAUUUGCCUCUCAGGAAAGGCUUCGGGGACAACAGGGCAAAGCUAGCUACACUCGCCUCAAACUCUUAACACUUGCCAUCACCUGAUCGACCAGCUCACGCCCAGGCAGAGCUCACAGGUAUGAAAUAUAGCGGGGCGGAAAUCAACUGUGGUGUUCUUCUGACUUUUUUUGUAACCAGUCUCACCGGAAGAGACCAACAAAGCGGUGGAUUAUAAGAGGCAGCUGUGGAGGUUUUUGGUUCAGGCAUGAAAUGCAGGAACUCAUCUCAGCCGAGAGCUUGGUUCUGAGGUCUGCAGAGCUUUUAUUUCUAGGGUGUCUGAUUUUGUAACCGAGUUUCCUCCCUGCUCUUUCCACCUUCAAGAAACGAGCAGGGACAUUGGAAGGGGAGGGAGGAGAGCGCACCGUUGGGGGAGGGUGGCGGUUGCGGGGGCUCAGUUGAAACUCUUGUGACACCCAGCAGCUUGUGCGAUCAGUGUCUUGUGAAAUGGUGUUGCGUGAGCAGCUGCUGCACACGUGGCAGGGGAUGAACCUGCAUGGAAUCUGAAUGUGUCUCUUAGCAACACCCAAACCACUGAUGACAGGCAGUGCUUUGGGGUAUACAGCCCAUGGCUGGGGGGGGAACGGCUUCUGCAAGAGGCUGCCCUCCUUCCUUGGCCCCAGUGUGUGUGUGUGUGUGUGUGUGUGAGGGUGCUUGGGGUGAUCACAUUACCACAUGUCCCUGUGCCCCCUUGAAUUCAGAUCCUAGUCUGGUUCAAGGCAGCAGCCCAUAAUCUGGCUUUCUCGGAAAUGCUCUUGCCUCAAACGCUGCUGGGAUUGGCUCACACUCAGGAAGGCUUUCAGUUGCUUUGUAGUUUGGGAUAAGAUAUACCCCUCUGUGUUUGACCCCAAGGGCUAGCCAGGAAUGGAUCUUUGCGGUGUCUGUGGAUUUGGGGGGAAUGUAACCCACUCUCGGAUUUCACUUACAAUACAUUGGUGCCCUGUCUACUGGGGGAUGGACUCUGCUUAAAUGAACUCUGAUCUCUCUGGCAGCUCUCCAGUGGCCCAGGAGCAACUGCAUACUUCAGAGGGAGCUAGAAACAGCUAAAGAGACCUUCAGGGAAAGGCAGUUAAACUUCCUCCUCUGAAAGCAACAGUAACUAUGAGCAUGAGGGAGGGGGCCAGGCUCCCCAGCCAUGCUCAGGAGCCCUGAGUGUUGCAGGCCAGAAAAAGCCUGUUACCAAAGUGUUAACUCUGCCUCCCCAGAUCCCCCUCUUGGCUCCCACUGCAUGUUCAUGCCCUGCAUCUGAAAACUCAGGCCCAGCUAGUGUCAGCUAAAGAUCAGACCUUUCCCGACUGGUAACAAACGUGGGGAAGGAAAAUGCUGUUCCCGUCUGCGCCUUGUCUCCCAUGCCCCCUGCAGUGACAGCAGUAUAUUGGAUACUUCCUGCUCAGUGCUCUGCUGGGAGCCCCACCCAGAUGUCCCUGUCUGCAUAGCCUAGGUCGAGCUAAGCUUGGUCUCUGUGCACAGCAGCUGGCAUCGCUGCAGCUUAGGAUCUUCUGUUUCUGCCCCAAGAUGUCAUUUGGUGCCCUGGUAAUUCUUCUGGGGCGAGGGGGAGCAGAGCAGAGCAUAGGGGAAGGUUACACAGGGCAGUGAGAAUCUGGACUCUGCUUUCUGAGUAUCAGUGACACUACAGCAAAGUGACCUUGGGAAAUGACCCAAAUGCUCUUUAAAAUGUCAGUGGCUCUGUCCCUUCUUAGUUCAAAUCAUGCAGGCCCCCACCAUUAGCCUCCAUGUAGCUAGCUACAUACCGAAAUAAAAUCCUUUCUGUAGCAGCUUCUCCCAGCAGCAGAGGGCACUCUGCACUGGUGCAGCCUGGCCUUGUCCGGCGAAGGUAGAUACUUCCUAUGUUUAUCUUAGGCCAGCAGGGCUCUGCUAAUGUUAGCAAGUUGACCUUCUGUCUCCAUCUCGCUGCUAUGUUCCUUUGGGUCUCCAGGUCCCUUCAGCCUCCCUUGCCUCACAGCUGCUCAUCCUCUUCUCUUCUCUUCUCUCUCCUCUCUCCCCGCCCUCCCUCAACCCCUCACGCGCGCGAGUGAAGGAAAUAGAAACCCAUUUCUGUCUUGGAUGUUUUUGUUUUUGUUAUUUUUCCCCCUUCACCCAUAUAUCUCAGUGAGACGCUCUGUCGGGGGAGAUUUGCAACGCUCCUUGCUGCCAGAUUCUGCUCUGCCUUCCCCGGUCUGUCAAAGAUGGGACUGAAAGCCAGUUUCCAAAGAGAACAGAGUUCUGUGUCUCUUUCCCCGCGCAGGAGAGGGCAGCCUGGCUUGGCCUGAAGCAUCCUUGGUUGUCUUCUGUAGAAUCUCGACAGCCACGCGCUCUCCACACCUGCAUGCUGGAUACGCCAGUAUGAAUGCUUUACUCGAGCGGUGCCCUUCGUCCAAAUCUCUCCCCGGUGGAAUACAGCGUCUGCAUAUGCACUGUGGUCUCCUUUGGGGAACGGCUAGAGUAGAACCUGGUAGCCUGGGUUGUCUUUCCCAGGUGCCAAACGCUACCUUUCCCCCGAGUCCAUCUGUAGCUGUGAGUUCAGGGCACCUGAGCUCCUCAGAUCCUGAAAUCACAAUGGUCCAAUUUCCUGCUUGCAUCUAACAUGCUUUGUUGUUGGGAGAGGUUAAAUGGGCAUCCUCUGUCUCUUGGCCAGACAAACGCAGGCUCUGCUUGUAACCGCACAGAAUGGAAGAGCGGAGUGUUAGUUACAACGCUCCGUGAUCUGCUCCUGCUGCCUGUUAAAGGCAGGCCGCCUCUUUGAGACCGUUUCAGAAUGGUUCAUUUUUGGUGCCAUUUGCAUGAUGCUCUGUCAGGCCCCUGCAGCCUCGACUUGAAAUUGUUCCUUUUCAGUCUCCCUGCCCGAGAAAAUCACACCCCGUUGUAUGUCUGGAACUUCUGGGUGUUGGCUGGAAUCAAAGCAUAGGCUGCUGGCACGUUAGACUGUGGCAUAGUCUUCCCCAAGGAAGCGCUGGAAGCCCCGUUGAUUCUGUCACUCGGAAUCACACUAGGCAAAAUGCCUGUGGCUCCAUUGUGGGGAGCAAUGGGAUGGGUGACUGGCUAGCGUCUCAGCUGGGAGUUCCAUGUUGGCAGCUCCUGGGUUGGCACAGCAGGGAAGGAAGUUCAGGACACUUCCACCACAGGCUCGUGGGCCAAGCUGUCCUGGACAGAAGAGGUGACGGCUGUUUGAACAGUGUUGGGCCUUGCAACCUGGCUGUGGGGCGUAAAGUUGCGGGAGUGUUGUAUGGAAGCAGCUUCCAGGCCAACCACUGGUGAUUACCAUUCUAGCUGGUUCAAUCGGGUCAAAGCUGAUGGAGAAGGAGACAAGUCACUUUUGCACAAGUCUUUCCCUGCCGUCUCUUUCACCGAUGAUGGAAUUUAAAGGAACUCUCAACGUUUCCUGCCCCUCAGAGAAGCUGAUAACUCUUUUUACCCUCUUUAUUUGGUAAAAGGAGAUUCCCUGCCUCCCACGCCCCUGUUUUGUGGUGAAGGGAGCUGAAAUCAGCUUUACCUAGCCCCUUAUCUCAUCAAAACAUCAGCAUCACUGAGGGACUAGUAUCUGGCUCCUACAGAGAGUUGGCCUGUCAUUCUUUUGAGCCCCCAGAAAUCCUGACCUUUUUAAAAGAUACCUCGUUGACCGUGUCUCACAUCUGUAGAUUGGGUUUUCAUGGGUGGGGUCAACACUGAAAGCUAGAAGCGUUAACGUGAAGUAUCUUGGCCUGGAAAACAUCACCAGAAAAGCCUUUAAGCCUAGAUUUAAGAUUCUCUUCCAAACAGGCGUGAUUGGCUGUUCAGCCCUAUCUCCUUGUGCCCUGUGGCAAUAACGGCUGAAAUGGGAUGUCCCGUUGUGUGUUUGCUGUCGCUAUUUAUUCUCCUGACCCCAACCAAUGAGUAAGGCAAUCGACUGGAAGUCAGAAGGUCGUGGGUUCUAGGCCCAGCUCUGAUUUCGACCCUGGGCAAAGUACUGCUCUGUAUCUGUGUUCUCCCUGCACUAAUUAUACUGACUCACUUUUGCAGAAAGAAGUAUGAAGUUUUACUAUUGGAACACGAAUCUUCUGUGUAGAACUGCUGACGGUGGAUCUUGGGGCGUUGGCUGUGACGUGACAUUGGUUGGCCGCCUGUUACAAUCUGGCUGUACUUCUGCCCAGCACCAGGGGGCAGUACAAGCUAUCCUGUAGUACUACUGGCAAAAGGGUGUUGGCAAACGGUUAGUUCGGUUAAACCAGAUGCUGGUUUAGAAGACAGACUAACUCACUCUUGGUUUUGAACUUUCAUAGCGGAUGAAACACCUGUGGUCUGGGGGAGAGACCCCUAAAUUAUGGGAAACUGUUGGGAGGGAACCUCACUGCUCAGAUCCUCUGACGGCCUGAAGCUGCCUGCGUUCAGUGUUGCAGAGUUUGGUGUGUGUGUGUGUGUGUGUGUGGUCUGUGUGGCUGGGGUUUUUCUCAAAACCUGUUUUUUGACCUGGUGGUGAGGAGCUACUGGUGUCACUGCUGCUACAGACCAUCCUUUUCCUUGAGUAGCUGAUGCAUGCACACACUGUGCUAUAGAAAGGGUUCAUCCAUCUAGCUGAUGCUGCAGGUUGCCAGUGCAAUAUAGAAGCUGCAGCUGUUUUGAAGCCUGAAGGUCAAAUGGUUUGCAGCUGGGGCGUUCUUUUUCUAAACCAUCUCUGCAGAGGUAUUUCCAUUCCCAGUAAAA